AUUGUCUUAAAAACAUUUUUCAACUGAGUAGAAAUCAAUCAUAUUAUUAUGUGAUUUGUAAAGAGCACAGUAUUGGGAAAACUACAUUAACUAGAAAGGCAUUAAGAGAAGUAGGACAGGAAAUCAUAUAUGUUGAAAUUCCUGCUAAUAUAGAAAAUAUAAAGAAGUUUAGCAUAGCAUUUGAAGAAUCUCUUAACCUUGCAUUUGAGAAAUGUAUCUCUUUUACAGCAUAG